CACACUCCAUCAUAAGUUGGCGGUUGCGAUGCCAACUGAGAUACGCUUAUUUCUUAUACAAUUAUAUAUAAAAAAGGUUUACCGUGACUACAUCGCACCUACAUCGCACCUACAUCGCACCUUCAUC